AUGCACAGUUCUACCUGGUCACCAUUUGAAUUAUACAAUACCUGUGACACUCUGUCAUCUUGGCCUAUCAGGAAACAGAAGACCUAUAAAGCACCCUCUGACAAAGAGCUCCACUCAAUUCCACAGCCACCUGAAGAAGGACAGAAGAAACUCCCAAUCUUCCUGGAAACAACAGAGAUGAUUCUGCCUGUGGUGUUCCUGUGUCUCACAGCUGUGCUGCCUCCAUCCACUGGACAGGAACCUGAAGGUUUUGCUGCUCUGUCAACUAGCAGAGCAGAUCAGAAAAAGUUGAUUGUUGACAAACAUAACGACCUCAGGAGAGGAGUAAAACCAACUGCCAGCAAUAUGCUGAAGAUGGAAUGGUCUCCUGCAGCUGCACACAAUGCCCAAAACUGGGCUAAUCGAUGUGCUUUAAGUCACAGUCCUGCUGACAUGAGGAAAACCACUGUCAGAUGUGGUGAAAAUCUCUUCAUGUCAACUGCCCCAUUGCCAUGGUCAGAUGUUAUACAGUCCUGGUAUGAUGAGGUGAAAGAUUUCGAAUAUGGAACUGGAGAAAAAACCCCAGGUGCUGUGUUUGGCCAUUACACUCAGGUGGUUUGGUAUGCUUCUUAUCUUUUGGGCUGUGGUGUUGCUUCCUGUCCUGCUGGAAAAUACAAAUACUUCUAUGUCUGCCACUACUGCCCUGCGGGGAAUCUACUAAGCUCAAUUGCAACACCCUACAAAGCAGGAAAACCCUGUGGUGAUUGCCCUAAGGCUUGUGAGCGAGGAUUAUGCAAAAUGGGUCUGCUAACUACAAUCAUUUUCCUGGCUGUUUUGCUGCACCAAUCUACUGGACAGCAUAAAGUAAUGGACAUUUCUUCCUUUCAUCCUUUUAAGUUGCAAAACCAGAAACACAUUCUUGAGGAACACAAUGAAAUACGGAGAUCUGUAAUUCCCACGGCCAGGAACAUGCUGAAGAUGGUGUGGAGUGAGAAAGCUGCCCAAAAUGCUCUGAAAUGGGCAAAAAAGUGUGAGAUGAGAGUCAGUCCAAGAGAGAUGAGGACCAUUAAUGGUAUCACAUGUGGUGAGAACGUAUUGCUAUCAUCUAACCCAAAAACAUGGACUGAAGCAAUUCAAGUUUGGUACAGCCAGUCCUCCAAUUUCAAGUAUGGAUAUGGAGCAACUGCCAAAAAUGCUAAUAUUGAGAACUACACCCAGCUCAUCUGGUACAACAGUUAUCAGAUAGGAUGUGCAGUUGCCUACUGUCCCAUGAACCGCUUCAACUACUUCUACGUUUGCCAGUACUGUCCUUCAGGAAAUAACGCAAUGCAAAUAGCUACACCUUACAAAAGUGGACCAAAGUGUGCAGACUGUCCUGGCCACUGUGACAAAGGGCUGUGUACCAACCCUUGCAAGUACCAAGAUCUCUAUGCAAACUGCAAUAAUCUGAAAAGCUUGUUUGGCUGUAACUACCCAGUGGUGAAAGAGAAGUGUCCUGCUACUUGUAGAUGCACUACUCAAAUCAUAUAA